AUGGGGAAGUACAAGAGGAAGCGCAGCGUGGGGAGGACGCCGGCUGUGGAGCUCGGCGUGAGGACGCGUGCCCGCUCCGCUGCCGUCGCGAGCGCGGCGGCGGCACCGGCGCCGAAGAGGCGGAGGAAGCAGGCGACAGCGCGUGCGGAGGCCGAGGCGGCUGUCCGCGGCAACGGCGGCGGUGCAGCGCCUGCAGGGUGCUGCUACCUGCAGCUGCGGAGCUGCAGGAGGCUGUUCAUGCCCGCGGUCGACGUGCAGUGUCCGGUGCCGCCAUUAUUGCCUGCGGCGGCGGUACAGUGGCCUGGAGCUUCCGAGGAGCCGGUGGAGCCGGAGGUCGCUGGGAUCUCGAGGUGCUCCAGCACGGCGUCUUCGGUGGACGUCCUCGUCCUGGCAGUGGCACCGGCUAGGGAGACGAGCGGUGGCGAAGCGGAGGAGGCACGCGAGAACUGCGACGUCGAGAGCGUCGUCGUCAGCGACUCCGCCGGGUGCAGACGCCAGAGGAGGGAGACGACGCCGUCGAGCCGGCCACCGGUAGAUCUCAGCGACGAGGAGUACAGUCAGGCCGCGGACAACGACCCAAAGCGCCACCUUGGUCGGACGGCUUUGGCCACCACGACCGCCACGGUGGCUUGCAGAAGAGCAAGGAUGCCACCGGCAGGAGAGAUCGAGGAGUUCUUCGGGGCCGCGGAGAAGGCGCAGGCCGAACGCUUUGCAGCCAAGUACAACUUCGACGUCGCACGCGGGCUGCCGCUCGGCGUCGGCCGGUACGAAUGGACCCCGGUGGCCAGCGGUUGA